CCACGACCAUCUCUUCCUCCUUAACCCUGUAGCCGCCCAAGAUUCCUCUGCCGAGGAGGCCAUGGCCACGAUGGAAGCAGCCACGGACGCAGGGGAUCCCGCAAGGCUCGACCACCCUCGUCGUCCCCUUCCCUACUUGUCGUGGGGAACUUGCUGUCGCCCUCCCUCGCGGUGCUGCAGCUACAAGCUGUGGUGGUGGACAAGCAGUACCGCGCCGCGAUGGGUCCACCGCCUCCUCUUCCCGAAGUCGACGAGUUGUACCGCAACGAGGCAAGUCCUCCGCCUCCCAUCCACGACGACGCUGUGGGGGUGAUGUCCUUGGGCUCGAGCGUGUUCAAGGUGCUCGAUCAAAUGGCCGAGAGCACGAGAGCCAACGGUCUGGUGGUGAACACGUUCGAGGAGAUGGAAAGCGACUCGACGACGCUUCUCGCGGAGGCGACAGACAAAAAGGUGAUCGCCGUCAGGUCCAUCUCGCUCUGCCGCUCACCAAGUCUCGACCCUCAGUCCAUGUCGUGUGACGCGAGGCAAUGCAUGGCAUGGAUGGACGCCAAGGCUCCUAAGUCUGUGGUGUACGUGAGCUUCGGCAGUGCUAGGCGCAUGCCACCCAUUCAGCUCGGCAUGGCGUUUGCCUCAUGCCCCGCGCUUGUGCUCUGGCUCAUCAAGGACGCUGACUCCCUGCCCGACAACGUCAAGGAUUGGCUACGCGAGAACACCGAUGCACACGACAUCGCAGGAAGCAAGUGUCUGGUGGUGCGCGGUUGGGCGCUAGAGGUGGCCAUCCUGGCCCAUCCAGUCAGUGGCAGCUUCAUGGCGCUCUAUGGAUGGGGCUCCACUCUGGAGGUUGUUGCAGCCGGUCUGCCCAUGGCUACCUGGCCCUUUUUCAUUGAGCAAUUUAUCGACGAGCAGCUCAUCGUGGACGUGCUUGGUAUUGGAUUAUCCGUCGGUGUGAUGAAGCCAACUGAAAAUGUUUUGACUGCCAGUAACACGGGUGUUGUUGUUGUGAUGAUAUAUGCUCCUGCUUUUUGGUCCUGCCUGACAAGCUUCACACUUGGAAUCUAUGGUCUGAUAGUUGGGGUUAUAUGUUGGCCAUUUCUGAUGAAACAAGCUAGUCUAUCUUUUGUCUCAAGACAAGAUGGCUGGUGAUUAUCCUUUCCUUGCUGCUACUCCAAUGGGACAAGCCAAACCUUCGGGGUCUUUACAAACCCAAGUGCAUUCAGUGUGGCUUCU